AUGAGGGUUAUGACGUUCGGAGCCUGCUGUUCACCGAGUAGCGCGCAAUUUGUCAAAAACAUAAACGCAGAACGGUUCAAAGAACAAUUUCCGGCGGCAUUUGACGCUAUAACAAAGGCUCACUAUGUAGACGAUAUGCUGGUAAGCAUUGAAUCUGAAGAAGAGGCAAUUCAGCUAGCUGAAGACGUGAGAUAUGUUCACGCAGAAGGAGGGUUUGAGAUCCGAAAUUGGAUAAGUAAUUCGACGAGUGUACUGGCAAUGCUGAAUGGAUCGAGUAUUGAAGAGAAAAGUCUGGACCUCACCGCAGAGAUGUCCACUGAAAAGGUCCUGGGGAUGUGGUGGAACACAACGUCAGAUAUGUUCACGUAUAAGGUUGGAUGGAGUCGCUACGAUAGCGCCCUAUUGCUAGGUCAGCGGUACCACGAAAAGAGAGGUCUUGCGCGUAUUGAUGACGAUCUAUGA